UGGCAUUUUACGAAUGUCUUCAUUUAUCAGAAUGUUCGCAUAAAAUAAUUUUAGCCCCAUAGUCCUACGGCCUACAGUUUAUUUGGUGGCAUUUUAAUUCUCUUGAUUUCAUAUUAUUGUCAGGGUGAUCUAGAUCUAAUUAAGGCUUAAGGUAGUGUAGAGAGUGUAGAAUAAAAGUGAUUCUACCAAACAAUGGCCUCAAUUUUAGACCAGUAUGAAGAAGAAUCUAACAAAGCAUCAAUAAGGAGACCAAAUCAAGUUCCUGGAGAUGUGAUUGGUCCUGGAUUCAUAGAUGCUCGAUUAGAUGCUGACGUACCUAUUUUUAAUAAGAAGAAAGUCAAUUUUAAACCCCCUGACCCAAUUACUGACUUGGUGGUGGCAAAUAAUUUUCUUGUAAUAGCAAUGAGUAGUAACACAUUACUUCGCCUUGAUUUGGAACACCCAGACCAGCCAGAUGAAGUGGAACUGCCUCGAGCUGUGGAAGAUAAGGUUCACAAAAUUUUUUUGGAUCCCACUGGACGUCAUCUUAUUGUGUCUAUGAGUUCACAAGACAAUUAUUAUCUUUCUAGAAAUUGGAAGAAACCAAAACCAAUUGUGAAGUUAAAAGGACAUCUCAUAGAAUCAGUCGGAUGGAAUUGGCAAAAUGCAAAUGAUAACACAACUAGUGCUAUUUUACUGGGAACAAGCAAAGGUCUCAUUUUCGAAUGUGAAUUAUCUGCAUAUGAAGACAACAGAUUCUUUCAAGGAAGUAUGGAUCAGUACCUGAAACAGCUAUUCACUCUUCAUGGAAAGGUAACAGGUUUGGAAUUUGAUCGCAUGCCAUCAAGCGAUAUGAAUUUUUACAAGUAUUAUAUUCUUGCAACUACACCAGGCCGGCUCUAUCAGUUCAUUGGUCAAGUAUCACAAUCUGCUGAACCUCCUAUGUUCUUUUCAUUAUUCCAACAAUAUGAAUCAGGAACAGAGCACCCACAGUUUAUUGAACUGCCAGGGGAUUUUGGGUACAGUGAACUUCAUCUCUUUUUCCCUAAGUUUAGGCAACAGGCAACCAAGUUUUCAUGGAUGGCUGGUCCUGGUGUUUACUAUGGUGAUAUAAAUAUGAAAGGAACAGCUGGACCUAGUUCAAUACUUUCUAAUGCUAAACUAAUGAGUUAUAGAAAAAAUGAAGAAGAUAAAAAAACAACACCUACCUCCAUGGUUCUUACAGAAUUCCACAUGUUGGUCCUUUAUCAAGAAAGCAUGAAGGCCAUAUGUUUUUUAAACGAGGAAUUGGUUUUUGAUGACCAGUAUCCUGAUAGAGUUGGAAAACUGUUGGGUAUUUGUAAAGAUGCAAUUCGUGGAACUAUUUGGACCUACACAGCGAAUUCUGUAUUUAAAUAUAAAGUUACUAAGGAGGACAGGGAUGUGUGGCAAAUGUAUUUAGAAAAGAAUGAAUUUGACUUAGCCAAAGAAUUUUGCAAGGAUAACUUAAUGCAUUUAGACAAAGUUUUAACUAAACAAGCUGAAUACCUAUUUAGCAAUGGCAAAUACGAAGAGAGUGCAGCAAUGUUUGCACGAACCCAGAACUCAUUUGAAGAGAUAGCACUCAAGUUGAUAAGGCUCCCCCAAAAAGAUGCUCUUAAAAUGUUUGUCCAGCAGAAGCUCUCUGUCUUAAGACCACAGGACAAGACUCAGAUGACUAUGCUGGUCACUUGGAUGAUAGAACUCUAUCUAAAUCAGUUAGGCCAGUUAAAAGAACAAGGUCAAGAUGAGACCCCACAGUAUGAAAUGAUACAAGAAGACUUUAGGAAAUUUCUUGGACAGUCAAAAGUGAAAGAAUGUGUUAGUAACAAUCGUAGUGUUGUCUAUGAUUUAAUUGCCAGCCAUGGUGAUGUAGAAGAUUUAGUUUUCUUUGCUGUUCUCAUGAAAGACUUUGAACGUGUGAUUGGCCACCAUAUUCAACAUGAAAAUUACAAAGGAGCUCUGGAAGUGUUAACUAAACAGUCUGAUGUUGAACUUUAUUACAAGUUCAGUCCCUUAUUGAUGCAGUAUGUUCCUAAAGAAACUGUUGAAGCUUGGAUCAAACAAGGGAAACAACUAGACCCUAAAAAACUAAUACCUGCUCUAGUGCAAUAUGACCAUAAAAGGUUCAGUGAGCAAGGAAAUGAAGCUAUUCGUUACCUAGAAUUUUGUGUUCAAAAGUUGGAUAAUAAAGACUUGGCCAUCCAUAAUUAUUUGCUGUCUCUAUAUGCCAUGUUCAAGGAUGACCAUUUGAUGUUGUACCUACAACAACAGGGAGAAGAUCCAGAAAGUAUCAGAUAUGAUGUCAAGUAUGCACUAAGGCUUUGUGCUGAGUUUGAUCAUAAAAAGGCUUGUGUACAUAUUUAUUCAUUGAUGGGAUUGUAUGAAGAAGCUGUUGAUAUGGCCCUGUCUGUUGAUGUGGAGUUGGCCAAGCAGCAAGCUGACAAGCCUGAAGAAGAAGACAGAGACAUGCGUAAGAAACUUUGGCUGAGAAUUGCUCGCCAUGUAGUUGAAGAAGAAAAGGAUAUUAAGAGAGCCAUGGAGUUUUUACAUGAAUGUGAUCGACUAAAAAUAGAAGACAUAUUGCCCUUCUUUCCUGAUUUUGUAACUAUUGAUCAUUUUAAGGAUGCCAUUAUCACUUCUCUCCAAGAUUAUAACAGACACAUAGACAGUCUAAAAGAAGAAAUGAAAGAGGCUACACAAAGUGCUGAGGAAAUUAGAAAAGAAAUUCAAAGUUUUAGAAAUAAAUAUGCCUUUGUUAAAGCUGAAGAUAAAUGUUCAGCCUGUAACUACCCUCUGAUGUCCAGAGCAUUUUACCUCUUCCCAUGUAAUCAUAAAUUUCAUAUGGACUGUCUCAUCUCUGAGGUGCUACCAAGUUUACCUUCCUCUCAGAGAAGUCAGGUGGAGAGUUUACAAAGAAAACUUGCUGAAGGAGAAAUUAGUAACAUUCAAAAAAUUCAGUCUCCACCAGCAGGUAUUAAGGAUAUUGAUGUCAAGGCAAAACUAGAUGAAUUAGUGGCAUCAGAAUGUAUUCUUUGUGGAGAUUUCAUGAUCAGAUGUGUAGACAAGUUAUUUGUUGAAGAUGAUGAAUGGGCUGUGGUUGCUGCUGAGUGGGACUGAGAUAUAUUUUUUAAAUUCUCUCUUAUUGACAAGCUAUUUGUCCUACUGGUGCAGUGUUCCUAGACAAAGUAGCUUGAAAAUCCUAGAAUAAAAGUCAUAUGGUACUAGUACACGUGAUACAUAGUUCAGAUGCACGUGAUUAUAAUCAUUAAGUUAAUUUCUCUUAAUGUGUAUUAUAAUGGCUUUUCUUCAGUAUUCUAUACUUACGUCCUUUCUUUGAUUAGGCUUUUAUAAAAAAAUGUUCAAGACGUGUGCCCUUUUUUGCUGCAUAACAUAAUUUUUAUUUUAUUGUAAUAUUAUCAAUAAAAGAAAUUCAGAUUUUUAA